AUUAAUGAAGAUUAAUAUUUUGGCUAAGAUUUUGUAAAAGAUAAAAAGAAAAUUUAAUUUUCUUAAACGAUAUACUUUGUGACGGAUCCGAUGGAUGAAUUUAAACAUUUUUCUAUGAGCCUCGACGAAUAAGAUGAUAAGAGAAGUGCUUCCCGGAAAACAGCUUCACAGAGGAAAGCUCAUAAAAUAGCUGCAGAAUAAAAUAAAUGUUUUUCCAAAAUAUUAUUGUGGGCUUAAUCCGUAGCAGCUUUAAGUAGAAAAGACAAAUUAAAUAAUCUUCUGCAUUAUGAGAAAACUUGUAAAGCUGCACUGAAUUCUUUCCGGAACAUGAAAGAAAAUAAUGUUUAGUAGUUUACCUCACUUUUAUGGGUAAGUUAUUUUUUGCUCUAGCUCGAUACUUUUCACAACAAACUAUAAUGAAUUAUUUAAAACAAUUAAGGAAUAUACUUUACAACUUAUAUUUUAAAUACACAUUUACACAACAGCAACACAGUUAGGAAAUGAAAAAUUCGAAAAAGUCAAUUUUGAGGUUAUGAUUUAUUCGUGGCUUACUUCGCAUCAAUAAUGGCGUCAAUGCUUUUUUUGUUUUUCUCCUACAUUUUUGCGCCUUGCACGAAUCAUACGGAUAUAUUUUGAUUUUGAGAAUUAUUGUUGAGAAGAAUAAGGUGAAAAGUGAAAACAGAAAAGAUGGAAAGGAAGAGAAUCAAAAAGAAAAAAUCUUUUAAACAGAGAAAGCAAGGUAAGCCUAAUUUUUAAAGUUUUUCAGAGAAAAAAUACAUAACCUCUGUUUCCAUCUUUUAAAAUUAUGUCCUUUGUAGAUCCUCUUCAAGCCACGGGACCCCCAAGUGCGGUAAAAAAGAGAGAGCGGGGAGAAUAUCCGGAAGAAGCUCUCGCGGAAGUGCACGCAGGACCCUCACGGUCAAAAUCCGCCCGUGUGGUACAAAAGAGAGAGCGGGGAGAAUAUCCGGAAGAAGCUCUCGCGGAAGUGCACGCAGGACCCUCACGGUCAAAAUCCGCCCGUGUGGUACAAAAGAGAGAGCGGGGAGAAUAUGCGGAAGAAGCUCUCGCGGAAGUGCACACAGGGCCUUCUGGAUCCACGAAGGGGUCAAAUGAUGGAGGAAAGGUGGCUGAGAAUGUUGUAAACAUUUCCUCGACGGCAUUGGCAGGUGACUCUGAAGAUCCCCUUCAAGCUACAGAAUCCUUCCGUGUGCUACAAAAGAGAGAGCGGGGAGAAUAUCCGGAAGAAGCUCUCGCGGAAGUGCACGCAGGACCCUCACGGUCAAAAUCCGCCCGUGUGGUACAAAAGAGAGAGCGGGGAGAAUAUCCGGAAGAAGCUCUCGCGGAAGUGCACGCAAGACCCUCACGGUCAAAAUCCGCCCGUGUGGUACAAAAGAGAGAGCGUGGAGAAUAUGCGGAAGAAGCUCUCGCGGAAGUGCACACAGGGCCUUCUGGAUCCACGAAGGGGUCAAAUGAUGGAGGAAAGGUGGCUGAGAAUGUUGUAAACAUUUCCUCGACGGCAUUGGCAGGUGACUCUGAAGAUCCCCUUCAAGCUACAGAAUCCUUCCGUGUGCUACAAAAGAGAGAGCGGGGAGAAUAUCCGGAAGAAGCUCUCGCGGAAGUGCACGCAGGACCCUCACGGUCAAAAUCCGCCCGUGUGGUACAAAAGAGAGAGCGGGGAGAAUAUCCGGAAGAAGCUCUCGCGGAAGUGCACGCAAGACCCUCACGGUCAAAAUCCGCCCGUGUGGUACAAAAGAGAGAGCGUGGAGAAUAUGCGGAAGAAGCUCUCGCGGAAGUGCACACAGGGCCUUCUGGAUCCACGAAGGGGUCAAAUGAUGGAGGAAAGGUGGCUGAGAAUGUUGUAAACAUUUCCUCGACGGCAUUGGCAGGUGACUCUGAAGAUCCAUCUCCAGAUAAUGUGGAUGAAAUCUCCGAAAGCACGGUGUUGCAAACUGGAUUGCCAGUGAUGAGAAAUCCUUUCGACGUAGAUUUACAGGAGGAAAUUUCACAUUAUUUUGCAUCACCUCCUAGUUGGGAUGAAUCCAGCGGCAAUUCAAACACCUCUGCAGAGGAAAUGAUUGUUUUGUAUUCACCAGAGUGUGGAAAAUAUUCCGAAGAAGCUCACUCGGAAGUGCACGCAGGGCCUUCUGGAUCCACGAAGGGGUCAAAUGAUGGAGGAAAGGUGGCUGAGAAUGUUGUUAACAUUCCCUGGACGGCAUUGGCAGGUGACUCUGAAGAUCCCCUUCAAGCUACAGAAUCCUUCCGUGUGCUACAAAAGAGAGAGCGGGGAGAAUAUCCGGAAGAAGCUCUCGCGGAAGUGCACGCAGGACCCUCACGGUCAAAAUCCGCCCGUGUGGUACAAAAGAGAGAGCGGGGAGAAUAUCCGGAAGAAGCUCUCGCGGAAGUGCACGCAAGACCCUCACGGUCAAAAUCCGCCCGUGUGGUACAAAAGAGAGAGCGGGGAGAAUAUGCGGAAGAAGCUCUCGCGGAAGUGCACGCAGGGCCUUCUGGAUCCACGAAGGGGUCAAAUGAUGGAGGAAAGGUGGCUGAGAAUGUUGUAAACAUUUCCUCGACGGCAUUGGCAGGUGACUCUGAAGAUCCAUCUCCAGAUAAUGUGGAUGAAAUCUCCGAAAGCACGGUGUUGCAAACUGGAUUGCCAGUGAUGAGAAAUCCUUUCGACGUAGAUUUACAGGAGGAAAUUUCACAUCAUUUUGCAUCACCUCCUAGUUGGGAUGAAUCCAGCGGCAAUUCAAACACCUCUGCAGAGGAAAUGAUUGUUUUGUAUUCACCAGAGUGUGGAAAAUAUUCCGAAGAAGCUCACUCGGAAGUGCACGCAGGGCCUUCUGGAUCCACGAAGGGGUCAAAUGAUGGAGGAAAGGUGGCUGAGAAUGUUGUUAACAUUCCCUGGACGGCAUUGGCAGGUGACUCUGAAGAUCCCCUUCAAGCUACAGAAUCCUUCCGUGUGCUACAAAAGAGAGAGCGGGGAGAAUAUCCGGAAGAAGCUCUCGCGGAAGUGCACGCAGGACCCUCACGGUCAAAAUCCGCCCGUGUGGUACAAAAGAGAGAGCGGGGAGAAUAUGCGGAAGAAGCUCUCGCGGAAGUGCACGCAGGGCCUUCUGGAUCCACGAAGGGGUCAAAUGAUGGAGGAAAGGUGGCUGAGAAUGUUGUAAACAUUUCCUCGACGGCAUUGGCAGGUGACUCUGAAGAUCCCCUUCAAGCUACAGAAUCCUUCCGUGUGCUACAAAAGAGAGAGCGGGGAGAAUAUCCGGAAGAAGCUCUCGCGGAAGUGCACGCAGGACCCUCACGGUCAAAAUCCGCCCGUGUGGUACAAAAGAGAGAGCGGGGAGAAUAUCCGGAAGAAGCUCUCGCGGAAGUGCACGCAAGACCCUCACGGUCAAAAUCCGCCCGUGUGGUACAAAAGAGAGAGCGGGGAGAAUAUGCGGAAGAAGCUCUCGCGGAAGUGCACGCAAGACCCUCACGGUCAAAAUCCGCCCGUGUGGUACAAAAGAGAGAGCGGGGAGAAUAUGCGGAAGAAGCUCUCGCGGAAGUGCACGCAGGGCCUUCUGGAUCCACGAAGGGGUCAAAUGAUGGAGGAAAGGUGGCUGAGAAUGUUGUAAACAUUUCCUCGACGGCAUUGGCAGGUGACUCUGAAGAUCCAUCUCCAGAUAAUGUGGAUGAAAUCUCCGAAAGCACGGUGUUGCAAACUGGAUUGCCAGUGAUGAGAAAUCCUUUCGACGUAGAUUUACAGGAGGAAAUUUCACAUCAUUUUGCAUCACCUCCUAGUUGGGAUGAAUCCAGCGGCAAUUCAAACACCACUGCAGAGGAAAUGAUUGUUUUGUAUUCGCCACCUCCACAAUUUGCAGAUAACAAUAUGAGAGACGAAGAUUUAUUUCAAUCACCGUCAAUUUCUCCACUUCCUCAACCGGAUUGUUAUCUCAGUGAAUCGAAUGAUGCUGACAACUCUCAAUCAAUUUUGCCUUCGUCAACUCCAGAAUCUGCAGAUUAUGAUUUCAGCAGUUCUAAUUGCUCAAACCUGGCUCAAAGCAGUGUGACAAAACCUUCUAUAAGGAAGAGAAAAUCAGUUAAAGCUGAAAGCGUCCGAAAAAAGCUUUUGUAUGGUUUAGAGAAACAGGAUGCGUCACAAAAUCUCUCAAAGCCGAAGGUUCGUUUAAGAAGAAGAGAUCCCAAAGCUCAUAAAGAUUCUAUUAAAAAGAUGGCUAAAAAUGCAGGACUACAAUACACAAAGAGGGAUGGAUCGAUUGUUCCGGCAAAAGAAAUGAAACAAGGAUGUGAACCUACAUGUCGGAAAAAGUGUUCACAAAGAGUUACAUUAAAUGACAGAAGGAAAAACUUUGAAUCCUUUUGGGAGUGUGGCAGUGCCGUUCGACAAUGGGAAUUCAUAGUAAGUCAUUGCACUUCAUCGAAACCGCAAUUCACCAAAAAUGAUGCCACAAAACAUUGGAAGACUUCACGAAAAUACUUUCUUUUGGCCUCGGAAAGUGAUAAGCGAAUUGAAGUCUGCUUAAAGAUGUUUGUGGAUACACUCUCGAUCAGUCAUCAGAUGGUAAAAACUGCGUUCUCAAAAAUUGAUCCAGAGUCAUUUCUCAUUGAAGAAGACCAAAGAGGCAAGUUUGAACGACAGAUAAGGCAAGAUUGGGAAGCAACAAAAAAAUCGGUGAUAGACCACAUCAAUUCUUUCCCUCGCGUGGAAUCGCACUAUGUGAGAGAAAACUCUACUAAAGAGUAUUUGGAGGAGGGACUUUCUGUUGCGCAAAUGCACAAGAUGUAUUUGGAAGUUAUGGAUAAUUCUUCGGAUGACCAGGUGGUUCGCGCAAGCCUACGUCAAUAUAGGGACGUUUUUAAUGCGAACUUCAACCUAGCAUUUCACGUUCCCAAAAAGGAUGCCUGCGAUGCUUGCACAUCUUUCAAUAAUUGCUCCGCGUCAGAGAAAGAAAUCCGCAGAAACGAUCACAUGGCUCAUCUACAGGAGAAAAGUAUAGCGAGAGAAAUCAAAAAUGAAAACAAGAAAGCAGCAAGGGAAAGCGAUAAUAUUUGCGCCGCUGUUUUCGAUUACGAAAAAAUUCUCAACGCUCCCUCCAAUCACGCGAGCGCGCUUUAUUACAAAAGGAAAUUGGGCGUUUUUAAUUUUACAAUCUAUGACUUAGGCACCCAGAAUGCCUGCUGCUACGUCUACGACGAAACCCAGGGGAAGAAGGGCGGGAGUGAGGUGGCGAGCUGCCUUUUAAACUUCAUCAAGUCCGGAAUUUCCAAAGGGAAGUCCAAAUUUUUGUUCUGGUCGGAUAACUGCCCCGGCCAGAACAAAAAUACUCUCGUCUUUGGAUUUUACCAGUUACUGGCCCAAGAGUUUUCGAUUUCGAUUGAACAUCGCUUUUUGGUAAAAGGUCACACCCAGAAUGAGGGCGAUAGUGUCCAUGCAGCAAUUGAGAGAAAAACGAAAAAUGCAGCCGUACACAGUCCAUCACAUUGGAGGGAAAAAAUUAGGAGUGCGAGCGAAAAAGGAAAAUAUGAUGUCAUAGAAAUGACAGUUCACGACUUUCUGAAUUUCGAGAGCUUGCGUAAGAAUUUGCUAAUGGUGAGAAACACAACCGGAACAUCUGUGAAGUGGUCGCAAAUUUCGGAGAUCUGCAUUUCAAAGGACUUACCAACAAUUAUACGCUAUCGAGAGAGUUUUUUAGAAAACAAAGAGUACAUAAUCGACUUGGAAGCUGGAAAGAAAAAGAAAGCAUCUGCUAAAAUGUCAUUGGAAGAUUUUUCUCCCACACGUUCCUCACCGAUUCCUCUGAAAAAGGACAAGUACAAGGACCUAAUGUACUUGUGCGAAAAGUUGUUGAUUCCAACAGAAUACCACUCAUUUUAUAAAAAUCUGCCUGUGGAAUAAAUCUCAGUCAAAAAUCUGUGAAUUUAGCAAGUUCUUAUAGUGAAAUAAAAAGAUUUUUCGUUAUAUCUGAAAAUAAGUUUAAUUUUAUUAAAAGUAAUUUAAAAUUUUAAUUUUUAAACAGGUGAAUACAAGAAUUUUAUUAGUUUAACUCUUUGGGGAUCACUGGACACUUUUAAGUGUCUGAAUAACAAUUCCUCAAUAGAAAAUCUUAUAAGAAAAAUUUCCGGGCCCCAACGUGUUAAAAAAAAUACACAAAAUUA